GGGUCUCAGACUCGCCUCGACCAGUCUCCGUUCAACCCUCUCGGAGUUAAUAGGCAGCUACAGGACGGCUCUCCUAGUCUUCUCGAUCAACAACCAGUGUACCAGCCAAAAACGACAAGCAUCAUCAUGACCAAUCUCAACCAGGCGUGACAUCAGAAUCUCAUUUGAUCUCCAGGUGAAAGUAGCCGUGAAAUAGUUCAACCUUCUUACAAGAUGGAGUACGAGAUGUUGGAGGACAGUAAUGACGUCAACAUGACCAUCAUGAUAAACGACACCAUCCCCUCCGCACCCUCUGAAAUGACCAACCUCACGUUGGGUGGGUACUGCAACCCGUGGUUGGGUGAGCUGGGGGCGUGGUACGGCGGUGUGCACGGCUACUCCUCCCUCGUCGUCUGUCUCUUUGGCUGCGUGAUGAACCUGCUGAAUCUGGUCGUGUUGACGCGGCGAGAAAUGCACAACCCGACGAACGCCAUCCUCACGGGCCUCGCCUUUGCCGACCUCCUCAACGACCUCGAGUACAUGCCCUUCGCCCUCUUCAUGAAGGUCCUCGCCCGGCCCGGCUACCCUCCCAAAACAAAUCCCUGGGCCCUCUUCGUCCUCGCCCACUCAAACUUCUCACAGGUUUGUCACACCAUUUCGAUCUGGCUGACGGUGACGCUGGCGGUUUGGAGGUACAUGAUGGUGGCGAUGCCCAUGCAGAACAAGACCCUCUGCACGAUGGAGAGGGCAAAGUUGGCGAUAAUUAUUGCCUACGUUUGCUCCCUGCUCGUCUGCAUCCCUCUCAAUCUCUCCUUUUCCAUCAAGGAUACUUCCGGAAUGAGCAGUAAUGUCACCAUGAAUGGGACAGAUGUCAAGUACUACGUCUACUACUCUGACCUUGCCCAGGCACAUGACAAGCUUUUGGUUAAAGCCAACUUUUGGACGUACAGCGUGGUGAUCAAGCUGAUCCCGUGUCUGGUGCUGACGGUGGUGAGCUUCCGGCUGAUCAACUCGCUGAUGGAGGCGAAGCGGCGGAAGGCUCAGCUGAAGGGCGGAGGUCGUGGGGCGGCGAAGGGAGGCGAGGACGGCGGCGGCGAUCGGACCACGCGAAUGCUCCUCGCCGUCCUUCUGCUCUUCCUCAUGACCGAAUUUCCGCAGGGCAUCCUCGGCCUCCUCUCCCUCCUCCUCGGCGACGCCUUCUUCCGCUCCUGCUACCUCCCCCUCGGUGACCUCAUGGACAUUGUGGCCCUUUCCAACUCGGCCAUCAACUUCAUCCUCUACACGGCCAUGUCCCUCAAGUUCAGACAGGUCUUCAUGGCCACAUUCCAUCUCAACAAGCUCUGUCCCCAACAGCGAUUAUCGCCAGAGUCGGACUUGACUACGACCCGCGUCAUUCAUUCCAUCGCACUCCCAUCCAACGGAGUUCAUCAAUCACCUCUUGCCUAAAUCAGUGAGGCAAAAUGAGACAAUCAUCACUUGAGUUGACUAAAACUCAUCAACAGUGCCUAGAAACCCAACCAUGGUACGGAUAUCACCCAAAAAACCUGCUAUCCUUUAUCCUCACACUUAAUUAUGAAAAUUCGAAAAUAUGCAUGUAAACCAUGUUGUCUAUUGUUAUGAUAUUUAAUUUAUCAGAGUUAUAAACUAUGCAAAGAGACAUCACACUCAGAAAUCUAAUAAUAAAGUUGACCACGUAUACAUAUUUCA